GAGAGAAAAGCAAAAGAAAUUGCACAAAAACAUUACGGUCAUCGCUGAGUGAAACAAUGGCCCAAGAGCAAAACCUUCAAACACCACAAUCCACAAAUCCCCAAUUAACAAACCCAAUGAUUCCAAACCAAAACGGGAUACCGUUCCAGCCACCACAAUUUAUGAAUCCUCAAAUGAUGAACCCUUUUAUGGCUGCUCAAUUGAUGAGCACUUUCCCGGAAAAUCAAAAUGGAGCUAAUAUAAAUCCAUUACAAUGGUUCAAUCCUUUUUUGUUCAAUCAACAAUGGCCGAAUCAACAAGCGCAGAUGAUGAAUCCUCAAGGAGGGGCAUCAGAAAGAGUACCCAAUCAGUUUUCACCAUACCAUUACCCUUUUGUGGUACCAACAUUUGGGAAUCCAUCUAUACCCAAUGCAUUAUUAGGAUGUGGCAUACCAUGCAUCAACCCUAAAUGUCCACAUCAUCAUCCAAUAAAUGGACAAUCGAUAUUGCCAUGGCAGAAAAUAGAACAACCAAAACAAGAUAGUCAACCUCAAAAUACCACUGGAGGAAAUGCUACAGGUGGUGAAGCUGACGGUGGAAAGGCUAUUGGAGGAAGCGCAACAAGUGGCGAAGCUCAAGGAGGCAAUGGCGUUGGAAGAGAUGCUAUAAGUGGUGUCGUUGAUGGUGGAAAGGCUACUGGAGGAAGUGCUAGAGGCGGUGACACUCAAGGUGGCAAUGCCACUAGAGGAAAUGAUAUAGGCGGUGCCACUGAGGGCGGGAAGGCUACUGGAGGAAGUGCCACAGGAGGUGAUGCUCAGGGUGGUAAUACCAUUGGAGGAAAUGCUACUGGCGGUGCUGCUAAUGGCGGGAAGGCUACUGGAGGAAGUGCUAGAGGCGGCGAUGCUCAAGGUGGUAAUGGCACUGGAGGAAAUGCUGCAGGCGGAACCGCUGAUGGCGGGAAUGCUAUUGGAGGAAGUGCCACAGGCGGUGAUGCUCAAGGUGGAAAUGCAACUGGAGGAAAUGCUAUUACUGAAAAUGUUACAGGCGGUACCGGUAAUGGCGGGAAAGCUACUGGAGGAAGUGCCACAGGCGGUGAUGCUCAAGGCAGUGAUGCAACUAGAGGAAAUGCUAUUGGUGGAAAUGCUACAGGUGGUACUGCUAAUGGCGGGAAGGCUACUGGAGGAAGUGCCACAGGCGGCGAUGCUCAAGGAGGUAAGGCCACCGGAGGAAAUGCUAUAGGCGGUACCGCUGAUGGCGAGAAUGCUACUGGAGGAAGUGCCACAGGUGGCGAUGCUCAGGGGGGUAAGGCCACUGGAGGAAAUGCUGAUAGUGGGAAUGCUACUGGAGGAAGUGCCACAGGCGGCGAUGCUCAAGGGGGUAAGGCCACUGGAGGAAAUGUUGUAGGUGGUACCACAGAUGGUGGGAAUACUACUGGAGGAAAUGCUACAGGUGGUACUGCUGAAGGCGGGAAGGCUAGUGGAGGAAGUGCAACAGGGGGUGUUGCUCAAGGGGGUAAGGCCACUGGAGGAAAUGCUAAUGGCGGGAAUGCUACUGGAGGAAGUGCCACAGGCGGUGAUGCUCAAGGGGGUAAGGCCACUGGAGGAAAUGCUGCAGGCGGUAGCGCUGAUGGUAGGAAUGCUACUAAAGGAAGUGCCACAGGCGGUGAUGCUCAAGGUGGAAAUGCCAUUGGAGGAAAUGCUAUUAGUGGAAAUGAUACAAGCGGUACCGCUGAUGGAGAUAAAGCUACUAGAGGAAGUGCCACAGGCGGUGAUGCUCAAGGUGGUAAUGCCAUUGGAGGAAAUGCUACAGGCGGUACUGCUGAUGGCAGGAAGGCUACUGGAGGAAGUGCCAGAGGCGGCGAUGCACGAGGGGGUAAGGCCACUGGAGGAAAUGCUGUAGGCAGUAUCGCUGAUGGCGGUAAUGUUAUUGGAGGAAAUUCUACAGGCAGUACUACUGAUGGCGGGAAGGCUACUGGAGGAAGUGCCAUAGGAGGUGAUGCUCAAGGGGGUAAGGCCACUGGAGGAAAUGCUAAUGGCGGGAAUGCUACUGGAGGAAGUGCCACAGGCGGCGAUGCUCAAGGGGGUAAGGCCACUGGAGGAAAUGCUGAUAGUGGGAAUGCUACUAGAGGAAGUGCCACAGGCGGCGAUGCUCAAGGGGGUAAGGCCACUGGAGGAAAUGCUGAUGGCGGGAAUGCUAUUGGAGGAAGUGCCACAGGCGGCCAUGCUCAAGGGGGUAAGGCCACUGGAGGAAAUGUUGUAGGUGGUACCGCUGAUGGCGGGAAUGCUACUGGAGGAAAUGCUACUGGGGGUACUGCUGAUGGCGGGAAGGCUAGUGGAGGAAGUGCCACAGGUGGCGAUGCUCAAGGGGGUAAGGCCACUGGAGGAAAUGCUAAUGGCGGGAAUGCUACUGGAGGAAGUGCCACAGGAGGUGAUGCUCAAGGGGGAAAGACCACUGGAGGAAAUGCUAAUGGCGGGAAUGCUACUGGAAGAAGUGCCACAAGCGGCGAUGCUCAAGGAAGUAAGGCCAUUGGAGGAAAUGCUACAGGCGGUACCGCUGAUGGCGGGAAUGCUACUGGAGGUAGCGCCACAGGCGGUGAUGCUCAUGGUGGAAAUGCCAUUGGAGGAAAUGCUAUUAGUGGAAAUGAUACAAGCGGUACCCCUUAUGGCGAUAAAGCUACUAGAGGAAGUGCCACAGGCGGUGAUGCUCAAGGUGGUAAUGCUACUGGAGGAAAUGCUACUGGUGGAAAUGCUACAGGCGGUACUACUGAUGGCGGGAAGGCUAUUGGAGAAAGUGCCACAGGCGGUGAUGCACAAGGGGGGAAGGCCACUGGAGGAAAUGCUGAUGGCAGGAAUGGUAAUGGAGGAAGUGCCAUAGGCGGCGAUGCUCAAGGGGGUAAGGCCACUAGAGGAAAUGCUAAUGGCGGGAAAGCUAUUGGAGGAAGUGCCACAGGUGGUAAUGCUCAAGGGGGUAAGGCCAUUGGAGGAAAUGCUGUAGGCGGUACCGCUGUUGGCGGGACUACUACUGGAGGAAAUACUACAGGCGGUACUGUUAAUGGCGGGAAGGCUACUGGAGGAAGUGCCACAGGCGGCGAUGCUCAAGGGGGUAAGGCCACUGGAGGAAAUGCUGAUGGCGGGAAUGCUACUGGAGGAAGUACUACAGGCGGCGAUGCUCAAGGGGGUAAGGCCACUGGAGGAAAUGCUGAUAGCGGGAAUGCUACUGGAGGAAGUGCCACAGGCGGCGAUGCUCAGGGGGGUAAGGCCACUGGAGGAAAUGCUGAUAAUGGGAAUGCUACUGGAGGAAGUGCCACAGGCGGCGAUGCUCAAGGGGGUAAGGCCACUGGAGGAAAUGUUGUAGGCGGUACCACAGAUGGCGGGAAUACUACUGGAGGAAAUGCUACAGGUGGUACUGCUGAAGGCGGGAAGGCUAGUGGAGGAAGUGCCACAGGGGGCGUUGCUCAAGGGGGUAAGGCCACUGGAGGAAAUGCUAAUGGCGGGAAUGCUACUGGAGGAAGUGCCACAAGCGGUGAUGCUCAAGGGGGUAAGGCCACUGGAGGAAAUGCUACAGGCGGUAGCGCUGAUGGCAGGAAUGCUACUAAAGGAAGUGCCACAGGCGGUGAUGCUCAAGGUGGAAAUGCCAUUGGAGGAAAUGCUAUUAGUGGAAAUGAUACAAGCGGUACCGCUGAUGGAGAUAAAGCUACUAGAGGAAGUGCCACAGGCAGUGAUGCUCAAGGUGGUAAUGCCAUUGGAGGAAAUGCUACAGGUGGAAGUGCUACAGGCGGUACUGCUGAUGGCGGGAAGGCUACUGGAGGAAGUGCCACAGGCGGCGAUGCACAAGGGGGUAAGGCCACUAGAGGAAAUGCUAAUGGCGGGAAUGCUACUGGAGGAAAUGCUACAGGUGGUAUUGCUGAUGGUGGGAACGCUAGUGGAGGAAGUGCCACAGGUGGCGAUGCUCAAGGGGGUAAGGCCACUGGAGGAAAUGCUAAUGGCGGGAAUGCUACUGGAGGAAGUGCCACAGGCAGUGAUGCUCAAGGGGGUAAGGCCACUGGGGAAAAUGCUGCAAGCGGUAGCGCUGAUAGCGGGAAUACUACUGGAGGAAGUGCCAUAGGCGGUGAUGCUCGUGGUGGAAAUGGCAUUGGAGGAAAUGCUAUUAAUGGAAAUGCUACAGGCAGUACCGUUGAUGGUGGGAAAGCUACUGGAGGAAGUGCCACAGGCGGUGAUGCUCAAGGUGGUAAUGCUAGUGGAGGAAAUACUAAUGGAAAUGCUACAGGAGGUACUGCUAAUGGCGGGAAUGCUACCGGAGGAAGUGCCAUAGGCGGCAAUGCUCAAGGUGGUAAUGGCAUUGGAGGAAGUGCUACUGGUGGAAAUGCUAUAGGCGGUAUCGCUAAUAGCGGGAAUGCUACUGGAGGAAGUGCCACAGGGGGCGAUGCUCAAGGUGGUAAUGGCAUUGGAGGAAAUGCUACUAAUGGAAAUGCUACAGGCGGUACUGCUAAUGGAGGGAAUGCUACUGGAGGAAGUGCCAUAGGCAGCGGUGCUCAAGGUGGUAAUGCUACUGGUGGAAAUGCAACAGGCGGUACCGCUAAUGGCGGAACUGCUACGGGUGGAGAUGCUACAGGCGGGGCUGCUCAAGGUGGCAAUGCUAUUGUAGGAAGUCCUAAAGUCGAUGAAAAAGAUCCCAAAGAAGGUAAUGCUAAAUCCUAUGUAGUGCAAAUCGGAAAUUUUCCUAACAUAGCAUGUUGUACAUGCGCACAUCUCGAGGGUUGUCCUUUAAGGCAAAUUAUUAUUGAAAGGCCAAAAAAUGAGGGAAGUCCUAUUGUUUAUCAUAUUGUUAUCAUGUAAGCUUUUUAUGUUUCUACUUCUUAUCGUGCAUCAAAUUUAUAUAUUCUCUAGAGAGGUGGCCGGAGAAUUAGGUGAUUAUCGUGUUUAUGAUUUUCUUUUUGUAAGAAGUAGUGGAAUAAGAGCCAUUUGCUCUCUUUGUACUUUUUUGUUAAUUAAAGCUUUAAUUUUCAUUGUUAUAAAAAAAAAUGGCUUUGGACGUGA